UGUGCAAAGGGUAGAUAAGUGCUGCGGUAUAGCCUAGGCCUACUUCAAAAAUAUACUCGAUACGCGCGUAAAGUUGCGCAAUACGCACGUAAAUUUGCACAAUAUUACAACAUAUUAAGAGAGUUGUUGGGACACGCAAGCAUAAUAUGCAAAUAUUCUCCUUCAUUAAAGGGAUAGUUCGGGUGUAAAGACACGAAGUUAUAAAGGUUCCCUGUCAGCAACGUUGUGCAUCAGCACUUAGGCUACCCCCCGACAGCGUCCUGUGAGCCUAGAUCCAGCCGGUUUUUGAUGCUGAAGAAAGUAGCCUAGUCCGGCAAGUUGCUGUCACUUGGCACUAUUUUUCUCGAUUUCUAUCACUGCGGGUGGACAACGUUUUUGUAAUGCAAAUGUGUCACUGUAUUUAACACAUAUUGUUUUGAGGUGACCCCACCCCAGCCAAUUGGCCCGACUACUUUCGUCAGUAACAAAAUUGGACAGAAACUCACGGGACACUGUCGAGGGUAAUCAGUGUUGAUGUAGCCUACACUGGUGGUGGGGAUGCCAUAGAGUUUGAUGCGUAAAAACCCGAACUAUGCCUUUAAUUGAAUUAUUAAUUAGUUGUCUGGAGAAGACCAACAGAAAUGCGAUGCAAUUGACGAAUUACGCAUCAUUCAAAACGUCAAAGAAUUUUCGACGGCGACACGGAUGACAAACGAAGGCAUCAAGUAUGGACUUGGGUCUGCAGAUACAUUUUACGAGGCAAUCAUGACAGAAAACGUUGAGUGUCUAAGAAAUCCUGAAAACAGGCCUCUAGUCUGUCUGCCUUUAAACAAUGUAAAACGGAUUGGUUUCACUAAUCAGGGACUUGCUAUCCUGCCAGUCCACCUUGCUGCUACAUACAGAAAAGUGCAAAGCCUGGAGGUCCUUCUGGAUGCCGGUGCCAAUCCUGAACUGAGGGACCAACGUGGUCGCAAUGCACUGCAUCUGGUUAUCACUCACUGGCCAAACAUUGUGCCAGCUUGGCCCAUGCCCCGUUCAAAGUUACGGGUAACCAUGGAGACCAUGCAGCAACGGGCUGAGGACUGCCUCCAAGUGCUUUGUGAACAUGGUGUGGAUCUGAACGCCCGGGUCAGCAAUGAUACCCAGCAAACUGCCCUCCAUCUUGCUGUGCGGUAUGGUGCCCUUCCUGCAGUGGGCAUACUGGCUAGCUGUGGUGCCAAUGUCAACCUUGCGGACAUGGUUGGCAUGAUGCCACUGCAUAUGGCAGCAGGUGUCCUCCACACCGAAAUCACCACCUGUCUCAUUGAGCUUGGUGCAGAUGUUAACAGAACAUUAGAGUCAUCUGGUAACACCCCACUACACAUGGCUGUUCGGGCUGAGGCCAGCAGCUUUGCCGACACCCAGAGCAACAGCCUUAGCUGUAUUACUGCAUUACUAGAGGGUGGUGCGAAGCUAGAUGCUAUGAACCUCGCCGGUCGGACACCUCUCCAUGAGGCUUGCAGUGCGGGCAGGGAAGUGGUGGUGGACGUCCUCCUCCAUUAUGGUGCCGAUAUCAACAAGCUGUCCACACGUGGAGAGACCUGCCUGUUCCUUUUCCUGGAGCACAAGCCAAACCUGAGUAACACACGACUGCUGGGAAAACUUCUCUACCUCACCUUGCCCUUAAAACUAACCAACUCUCAAGGUAUCCUCCCAAAAUGCCUGGAGCUGCCUGAGCAUGCCAAGCAGAGAAGUCAAUUGAUACAUUUUGCAACACAGCCUCGUGACUUGCAGAGCCUCUGUAAGAUCAGAAUAUACCAACUCUAUGGGGAGGAUGACAAACCCACACUCAGUGAGUUGCUGCCUUCAAAAAUAAUUGACUUCAUCUUUGAUUACUGGGAAAACCCACUUGAAAUAGACUUUACCAAGAACAUGGAAAGUCCAUUGCCUCGUUUUCAGUUCUAUCCAAAUUUCAUUCCCCAACAUUUUCCAAAUGUUCCUCCACGGUUUGACGCCCGACACAACUCAAAUACGCAACCAAAUUUUCCCAGCAAUCCCCCAAAUUUCCAGCAUAUUCCCCGAAAUCCUCCUAACUAUCCACUAAACGUCCCAAAUACACCACGAGAUUUUACAGCACAACAUGUCUCAAACACCCCACAAGGUGUCCUAAACAUUCCACCAAAUUUUCCAAACCUUCAGCAAGAAUUCCAUGACAUCCUACGAAAUUUAACUAUACAAGGUGUCCCACUCCCUACAAGAGGUGUCAUACCCCCCCAACAAGGUGUCGUACCCCCUCCACGAGAUGUCGUAUACCCUCCACGAGGUGUCCCACUCCCUCCACGAGGUGUUUCAAACCUGCGGCAAGAUGCCCCAAAUAUACCACGAGGUAUACCAAACAUUCAACACGUUGUCCUCCCAAACACUCCAUCAAGUGUGCCAAACAUUCCUCAAGGUGUCCCUAACAUUCAGGGAGGUGUGCAAAACAUCCAACGAGCUUUCCAAGACACACUAUGAGCCUUCCCUAGCACGUUCACCUUUCUCUAAUAUUCCCAAAGCUCUGGUUUCUCACACGGAACCUCACAUUUUCCAAGGAUUCCAGAUUUCACAAACAUCAGACAUUUCAAUAAUGAUUGAGCAAAACAUUUUGAGGUCUCUUUGAAACUAGAUGACCCAAAAUAUCUCCACACAUCUCAAUCAAGGUCUAUCAAAGAAGUUCUUAUGGAUGGGCUGGAUAUUUGCUUGGCAAUAAAAAUAAUAAUAAUGGAACUUACCUUGAGGUCUCUGUGCAUAAUUCCUUUAGAAUGGAUGUAUUGUACUCCUUCCAGGACUUUACGUAGUAUAUGAAACAGUUGCUCUGUGGCCAUGGAUCUGUGUGCAUCUGAAAUGAGAAAUGAGUUUAACCAAAAACAAAUGAAUGAAGUAGUCAUCAUUCAUUUCAAUGUUUCCAUUUUUCUCUGUCGCUUUGGUGCAUUUCUUAGAUCAGAGCUGAAAUUCUCCAAACUUAUUGCUCAGCCCUCACAUCAUCAAGACACUUGUGCUCAUCAUAGCAAAGCAAUUUCAUGCUAUUUUUAACAAACAUCAAAUGCUUUGGCACAUCUAUGCUAAUGUCAUGCUAGUCAAAAUACAUGAUACAGGUUCUCUGUUGAAUGGUCCUUCCUCAAGUAAAAGUAUACAGUAUAACUUAAACGGUCCCCUUUGACUGCUGAAAAUGAUAAACACCGAAAGAAAACUGCAGCUCUUUCAUAGCAAAAAGGCUAUAGAGUAAACU